AAAAAAAAUUCAAUUAAUUCACUUUUUAAAGGAACGGAUUUUUUAAAUGUUGAGUCCAUAGACUUCUGGUCAGAUAUCAUUUUCUUAUUAAACUGAGAGGUUGUGCUCGGAAAAAAUUCAAAGGAUUUAAUUCUGUUGGAAUUGUGCAAUUAUAAAAAAAAUAUUAAAUGGACAAUUAGAAAAAAUUAAAGUGAAAAAAAAUUAUUAAAAAAAUUUUCAAGUUCACAAAAAAAGCGGGAAAAACUUUUAAUAUCGAUUUUUAGUUUAAUAUUAUCCAAAACUUAGUUCUCCACUGCUUUUAUAGAAAUAAUUAUUACCGGCAUAUUGAAAAUUCCCUCCGUACUUCACCCAAUUUUUGGCUUUUAGAUUCAUUUUGUUUUGGUAUUUUAGUGUAAAAUUUAGUUUUAAAUUUUCAUUUUUUUCUAAAUUAUGCUCGUGAAAUUAAUUCGGUUUAUUUUCUUUUCUUUAUCUUCAAUGUGAUUUUCAAAAAUUUAAAAAAAAAUUAUUAAAAUUAUUCGUUACGUGUGUAAAUGGAUUCAUCAAUACCGUCUAUAACAUCGGGUAAUAUCACUUCAACGUCCACAAUUAUUACAAGUACACCGGCAUCGAUUAAAUCAACUUGUUCAGUCAUUGUCGAUCCGACAUCGUCAGACGAUAGAACACAAACUACUUCUAGUGCCUUACUUACAACGUACUCAUCAACUUCUACAGAUCCACAUCACACACCUAAGCGCGUCUCAUCGUCAACCGUUUCGAGUCCAAUUUUGACUCCACCGACUGGAAAGAUCCUUAGUAGGAACUGUAAUGGUACAAUGGUACACACGUCGAACCCCUCAAAUGAAGCUGAACUUCAAUUAUACAGAGUAUUACAGAGAGCAAGUCUGCUUGCAUAUUAUGACACUCUAUUAGAAAUGGGUGGUGACGAUGUGCAGCAGCUGUGUGAUGCUGGUGAAGAAGAGUUUCUUGAGAUAAUGGCCCUAGUUGGAAUGGCAUCAAAACCAUUGCAUGUUCGAAGACUUCAAAAGGCUCUCCACGAAUGGAUGACAAAUCCAUCACUCUUUCAUUCUCAAAUGACUCCCAGUAGUGAAAUUUCUAUUCCUCCACCUCCGUUACUUUUCCAUCCCGAGCCUGGAAGUAUUUCACAGCAAUUACAGCAACAGAGAUCAUUAGGUCCGUCUUAUGUCUCUCCAGGAUUUUCAGGUUCACAUACAAGUACGACAACAACCGGUUCGUCUCAUGGUUUUUGUAGUUUAACUGCUCCUUCAUUUGGAACUCCACCUGCCAUAUCCUCGUCCUCAUCAUCGUCAUCAAAUUUAGUUCCAUCCCUCAAUCCAACUCUUACAGAUUCACAAAUCUCUCGAAUAAUUUCAUCUGCUGAACGUUUAGCGCGAACUUUACCACAAUUAGAGCCGCGAACACAAAAUAUAAAGAAGCGAUCAGCACGUGAGCUAGAGCAAGUCAUAGCAAUGAGCGAGUCUGAUCCACGACGAAUGGAUGAAAUUAGAAAAUAUUCAGCAAUUUAUGGACGAUUUGAUUGUAAAAGAAAACCCGAAAAGCCAUUGACGUUGCAUGAAGUUUGUGUAAAUGAGGCAGCUGCUCAAAUUUGUAAAUUUAUUCCAGCAUUACUGACUCGUCGAGAUGAGCUCUUUCCACUCGCUCGUCAAGUUGUUCGGGAUUCUGGUUUUGGACAUUCAGCAACGAUUCGUUUAAUGAGUCAAAGUCAAAGUCGUGAUGAUAGUGAACAGCAACAAAGUAAACGUUCACGACUGGCAAGUGGAUCAGGCAAUGAUCCUGGAAAAGACAAUUCCGAAGAGAGUCGCGAGAAGCCGUUUAUGUUUGCGACUUCUUUGAAGCCAUUUGAUCUAUCAGAAGCGACUAAAUUGUCGCUCGUUUUGAGUGCAUCUCAGCAGAUCAGUCAACAACAGCUUAAAGAUUCAUUUAUGAAAAACUUUAGUCGUUAUGCGACUUCAGAUUUUGAAGAUACUGAUUCGAGAUUUUCAUUCAGUUCCAGUUCAUCGCCAGUUCAUAACGGAAACACAAACGAUCGCGACUCAUUUGACACAAACUCUGAAUACUUUGACAAAUGUCAAGAUGAAAAUCAGAAAUCACUUGACGACAGUCCAUUAGGUGUUCAAGUAAUCUCAUCAUCAGGAGGUCACGUAAUUGCUAUUGCAAAUCCAGCACUUGCCUUAAGUCCAACAUUCGAAUCUAUCGCAAUUAAACGAGAAGUUAUUUCACUUGAUCUUUAAGCUAUCAACAUGACCUAAUAAUUUUUAAAUUUAUGAACCCAUUUUUAUUGAUUUUUGAUUGAGCAAAAAUAGAAAAAUUAUUGCACACAUAAUUUUGUUAACAAUGCAACACUUUUGGCAAUGUUCAUCUCAUUAUUACAAAAUUUUCUGGUCUAGUCCCCUUUCUAUUAUUGAACAUAAAAGAGUAUGAAAAGAAAUUUACGUUCUUUUAAAAUUCAUUUCUCACCCUAGUCUCAUUUUCUGUAUUGUUAUACAGCACCCAAGGAACUGAAACCCUUAAAAAAUAAUCUUUUUUAAAGAAAACUUUAGCUCUAUACGCACAAUUGUAAUUUUAUGUAAAUAUUUAUGGUAUAAAUCAAUUAUUUCUUUAUUAUAGACUUUUUAUUAUUUUAUUAUGCUUAAAAUCAAUAAGUAGAUAGGUAAUAAAUGAUGCUUAGAUUAAUUUCAAUACGUAAAAGAUAAAAAACUUAUAAAGACUGUAAAUAAACAUGAUUAUCUUAUUGUUAAGUUUCAAAAUCGUUCAAAAUUUAUAAGCAAAACUUUUUUGACAAAUUUAGCAACAGACAGGAAAAGACUUUUUG